AUGUCAGAUAAAUUAAUAUUGCUUGGAAAACGUUUACGAGAGUUCGAGGAUGCCGUCCUAGAAUCCAAAGCUCCCAAACUUGAUGAAAACGUACCACGUGCUGAAAAGCGACGAAAUUGUGCUAUAUUGAUGAUGUACUCUGGUUGGGACUAUUAUGGAAUGCAAAGGUAAACAUCUUUUGUUUAUUGCUGCGGUCAAAAUCUAAAUGUUUGUGUCCUGAUAAGAAUUUUGGCACAUUUAUUGUUAAAGGUGAACUGAAAGAAUUAAUCUCACUUUCUCUAACGUUUUCGGAUUCAUUUUUACUUAGAUCCUAACGAUAAUAGGAAAUCCCUAAACUGAACACACCACCAGUGACUGUUAACUGUGUUAAGGACCGUUUUGUACUGUCAAUGUGCUCAGGCUUGCAACAUAUUGGUCGAUCUCUUGCAUUCAAUGUUAUGAAAACAUUAUGGCACAGUCUCGUUGGUCGUUAUGUCCCUCAAGCAAAGAAGAAAUAUUUGUUUUACUCUUCAAUAGGAAUGUGGGCUUCCGCACGAUCGAGGGUGACCUAUUACUGGCUUUGCAUAAAUCUGGAUUAAUUUCGAAAGAUCAUCUGGAUAACCCUUCACUGGUACGUGCCCUUUUUAUGUGUACUUAUGCCUACCAAUUUGAGCCUAAAAGGUAACCGAGACAGAACAAAAGUUGACGAGAAACCUUUGUAAUUCCAAACCAGAUGCGUCUUAUGUGUUCUCUAAUAAGCCCGUAAAUUGCGAAUUAAUAGAAAUCGGUGGUCUGCAUCCUCCCUCGCUCGCUCUUCUAUAAGCGGUCCCUCCAUGCCUUCAGUAAAGUUUGAUGAAAAAAUUAGUUCUUCUAUGAGCACAGAUGCCGUCCUCUUCGGGAUGCUUCUUCAAGGCUGUCGGUCACGAUGUCCUCGAGCCUCUUGUCCACAGAUGAAUACUCCAGCCACCACACUGAAUAGGGAUGGUCAUCACUACUGCUUCGAAUUCUUAAACAGAAAAUUUGGCUUAGCUUUUUGCCUCACUUAACAUAAGUGGCUCUUGGGACAUCAUAAUUUAAAUGCUAAGCAGGCCAAUUUCUUGGAUCUCGUAAAUGGUGUUAGUGAUCGGGACACUGCUGACUACGGAUAACGUCAUGCCACAUGAAAUGUUAGGUUGCCUGAAAUGUUCGUCCUUUUGGCUGGCCGACGAUGACGUGUGCUGUUUUCUUAGCGGGUACGAACUGUUUAUUCGAGACAAAAUAUAAGUACUUUAAGUAUAAGAUCAUCCCCGGCCAAUGACGGUCGGAAAUCGCUAACUCCUGUCCCAUCUUUUACGCGAAAGGAGCCAACAUAGGCAGGCACAAAAAAGAAUUGGCCAGAUGUACCAGCCUUACUGGAAUGAUUGACACCUUAAAAAGUACAAACAAAAAGCUUCAAGGGCUUGGCAAAAGAUAGCACGCUUAAUCUAUGCCGAUAGCGAUACUGAUGCACUGUUUGUUUGGCAGAGGCUUAUCCACGCUAUUUUUUGAAACUGCCUUCUUAAACCGAUCGCCGUCAAUCACGAGGCUUCCGUCGUUUGGAGAUGCAGAUCAAAAAUGCCUUCUUCCUUAUGGCGUUACCGUACUAACCAGCUGGUUCUGCGGUCUACUGGGGCCCACACUCCAUAUGUCCCAAUGGCUUGAUAUCUCUAUGAGCACCUCGUCGAAAUUAGUUUGCUGAGCUUCAUUUACAGAUUCAAUUUGUCAAGUCCGUACGCAGCAUUUUUGGGAUCCGAUUAGUGUCAACGAUUAGUGGAGUAGGCGGCAAAUUUGUUCCCAUCAAAUGCCUUUCCGAAUCAGAGAUGGUUGUGAAUGCUUGUUGUGGACAAGUGCUCGAGCAGCUGGAUCACGCUCUUAGCCUUUCCUACCUGAAUAGUUAAGUACGUGUAAUAACAGUAAUACGUUUUGUUGGCACGCAUUCUUGCCCCGUCACCCUCCAUAGGAACUCAAAGGUAGCGGAAACUAUUAUUGCAGAGAUUCCAACCUGGCGAGUGACCAUCAGCUGCCGGUUGCCAUUACAGAACUAGAUCCUGUGCUGUAGUUUGAAUAUUUCGCCAACUCAACGCCUCCAUGUCGACCCCGACCUGACUGGCUUUUUACCUCCAGCACGUACACUUCGAAACCUGAGAAUGAAGAGGACAACAGCAUUCACAGCAAUACCAAUACCGACUGUACCGCACUAGUUAAUACGGUUUGUUCUCUGCCCUCGAAAUCACGGACAAGCAUGAUUGAGCCCCAGUCGUCAGGAACGUUUCUAUUAUUGUGGCUCUUAGUACAGGUGCGAUAAUACCCAGUCUAGUCAGCCUCGACGUCACGACUUGUACCUCUCCACUCCCAACAAUCUGACAACGGACCUCGAGAACUCGACCCGUUACCUGCCCCAGCGACAUAAAGCAAAUGGAAGACCUAAGAACCACCAUCAUGCCUUGAAGAAAACUGUAAAGCCAGGUUUUGAGUCAAUUUUUUCUCCAACGCCUCCAGUAUGCAACAGUGCUGGAUCGAGGUCAGUAACUCUAAGAACGACAAAGAACGUGCCAAAAUCCCCUUAGUCAUCACGUUUGAAUGGCCUGAAGCGUGCUCUCAACUUUGUCGCAGUGAAUGGGAUUGUCUCAUUCGAGAUGAAAUCAGUGUGCUUCACUCGAAUAAUGGUUCUUUGGAAACGAUCAAACACUUCCAGCUUUCGCCAAUAUUUCAGCUGAGCGCCACACCAUCCAUAACCUUAAAAAACUGGUUGGGGGAUGCCGGAGGGGCGUGGGCAAACGAAACGGUAUGGGCUGAAGAGGAAUAAAACUGUGAUUCAAAGGAGAUCCGGGGCACAAUUAGUUGGUAAUGAAAUUCGAGAAGAUAGCUGAUUUUUUCGUCACUUUCUAGGGUUUUCUGACGAUCCAGUCACUACAGCGUUGCUGGGUUAUCCCAAUAUUUCGUAGCUAUCUCGCUGACCGAUGACUUCAGUGAUUAUCAUUUUCUACUGCCUUAUGCUCCGACUGGGAUCGUAAAGAUAUACCCGAAUUUUACGUUCAUAACUUCAGUUAUGUUUGGUUGUCGUAUUUUAGCGACAUUAAGCCGUCUUGCUCGUGGACUUUUAGGCGGGUGCGGACGGUAAAGUGGUCUGAACCUUGGGCGUUGUCAUUUUCGGCAGCGCUCCUCCAUCUGCUCUCAUGGGCCGAGUUGUAGAAUCCUGAUUUGACUAGAAUUUAGUGGAUCUGACUGCUCUCGCAACUGUCGUUCGAACACCAUGUCAGUGGAUGUUUGUGAUGAUGCUUCAAGAAAGCGUUGGUGACAAGCAGUCGAUGCUCGUUAGCGAAUUCCACCGGCCAGAAUCGACAUCACAUGUACGUGUAUUAAGUAAAUGGUAAGAAGAGACCAUAGAUUCGAGGACAUAUAACUGACAGUUAAUUCAGUGUAUUUUGACGCAAUAGAAGCCAUUCGGCGGCAAUUGGUGUCGACUGUGAAGGCGAAGUUUAAAGACUUGAGCGAACGAGGUGUUAGUUCGACCGUUCCAUCCGACGAUGUCCUCUAAGCUCCUCAGCAAAGUGAAGCAGGCGCGGUGGCUUGCGCGUGAUUUAAUUUAUAGGGAAUGUAGACUUUCGCAGCAUUUACCACACUCCUCCCCACCUGGGCCCAUUAUCAAGACAGAGUCAAGAAGACUGGAGGCGAUCGAGAGCGCAGGCGGAUGGCGCAGUCGAGCCGCACCUUGGCGCUCCACUCCGCACUCCCUGGUUCACUCAACAAAUGACCAGAAUUUUGACCAACAGCAAACGGGACUGUUGCGGCCGAAGCCUUCCCUAGGCGUGCUGUCCCACCUGGCUCGUAUCCCUCGGAGUGGGUGUGCCAUAAAGGCCGCAUUAAGAAGGAGCCAUCGCAGCCUAACUCUUAGACCACCAGUCGGCCUCUCCGCACAAACACACAACACUGGGCCGACUGAAAGGUCCAAGUUAUCCCGUAAGUUGACAACCUUUCAAGCCACGGUUUUUAGCUCACCGUGAUAGCUUCAGGCGCGUUUACUUGCUUAUAGUGAGGGCAAUGCACUGAGUCGUCGACCUCACUUUCCCUUCCCAUUCAUUAGCCUUAGUCACUGUAGGAACCGGUCAGUUGAAAGGCGCAGGGGAUGGAUGCGGUGGCUGGCAUGUCUAGUGAUCUUGUCUGCGUACGCCACAUAAACGACCUGGCCCUCCAAACACGAGCACCAGGAUUUCACACAACGGGGUUGGGCGGCUACAUCUCACAUGCGUGAUAGUGCCGUAGUUCACGUUAAGAAGGAGCCUUUUCAUCCUGGCUCUCGAGGUAGCGACCUUGAGAAGGCCCUCAUUUUCGAAAGAGUGGAUUUACACCUACGAAGGUAGAUAAAUUUAGUCAGGGAGGGUGGUAAUCUGGAAUCCAAGAAUCGGUCCUAGAACCAGAUGCGCGCAUAGAAGUUUUUAUUAAGAAUAAUACCUUGAUCGGUAUUAGGUGCAGAAGGGUGGUUAGCCCAUAUAAGGCGUAGGUGAGCAAUCCCAUGGCUUGAUAUCCAUGGACGGCAUAGUCAACCAGAGCAACGGCGUCUUAGGCGCGGGUUUUGAUUUAUGUGCAGAGUGCAGGUUGUCCGAACUGAAGGGAAGGGAAGGAUAUGAUUGCGUUAGAACAUCUCGUCAGAUGAGCUUCCGUACAAGCUGGUAAACAUUCGUUGGGACGAAGUUACUUAGACUCAGGAUUUAUUCUUUUUAGAGACCGGAACGUCUUUUGCCAUAUGCCAAGUGUCCAUUAUUGUGGGUUAGAAGAACGAAGAACUAAUAAGAGUAGUUAACACACACGGGCUAACUCGGAAGAACAGGAGUUAGACGGAAGUGGAGCUCCAGUAGAUGUUAGACAACAGAGGUUUUGCAAAUGUUAUUCAACUUCGAGAGCUGACAGUGAACAGUGGCCUCUGAGUUUUGAGCCGAGUAAAUCAAAUGGAAACAAGACCCAUUUAAAUGAACAAUAACCUUUUGGAACAGCACAUUUAAGUCAGCAUCAAUGUUGGCGAUGAGAUUCGUUGGUUAAUGGGAUUUUCAGUAUUCUGCAUGUCUCUGCAGGUAAGAAAUAAUAAACUGGGGUAAAAGUCGAUAAAGAUGACUGACGAAGGAGCAUUGAGACUAGUGAGUUCCACUUUUAUUAAUUGUCUGACUUCUUUGGAGUUGUCACGUGUGCACAGUUUUUACUUCAGUUUGGUUUGUCCAAGGGAAAGUGGGUAUGUUCCUUGAAUACUCAAUUCGUCACACGUAAACUGGGAGUAUGGACGACAAAUUACCGCAGUUAUAGCGGCCAGUAUGAUCAAGUGGACCUCCUCAUAUGUAAGGAGGUGCAUAGUUGAAACAGCAGCUUAGUUCGUUUGAUGAUGCAUCGUAUGGCUGUCAUGACUGUCUGAAAGUUUCCAGAGCUGGAGACCACAAGCACCACAGGCAAGCCAUCGUACGAGUCUACGACUUCAUUUGAGGAAUGGGCACCUUUUUGCAUCCGGGUUUGGGGAGCACAUGUUCCGGCGGAAAGUUGCGAGUUCAGAAGGCUGCGCGUAUUGGGGACGCAAUCCAAAGUAGGUACAAUACAAAUAGUUUACAUCAAGUCACCACGUAGUUGCCUAUAACCCAGAGAAAAGGACUUUAGAUUGCUUAAAAGUUUUGCAGACGGCAGUGUUUCUUGACCUCUACUUCAUUGGAUAGCUGACUUUUGAACCUUGCCGGGGAAUUUGUAUGCUUGCGGUAUCGGGGGCCUCCAGACCGUGAUUGCGUUCUCAAGGUGCUGUCUUAGGAGAACUCCGAAAACUUUUGAGGAAUAAUUGUCGUCUAGGCUUCCACUUGCCCACCUGAUUGUGUACAUCAUCGAGGCUGCGGUUUUAGUAGCGAGUGGGAGAUGUUGGGCAGGUUAUCACUCGAACUCCGGGAUCCAGCCGGGUUUACGCGUGCUAAGAACGUGUCCAAUUCAGAUAAUAGGCGCGUGCACUGGAGUCUUGCCUUUCGUUAUCAAGGUGCAGUAUAGUGCAUUUGCUCAAACUUGUAGACACGAACUAAUGGCGGACAUUUUCUCCCAGCAAAGUAAGAUGUUUGGAAGUUUACUUCAUUAGCAACUCUGUGGAUGAGCUUACAAUUUUUCAACAUCAUCUGUAAACAUGGCAGCCUUGAAACCUGAUUGUUGUUCGGCCAUUGGUAGCGUGAGUGAGAAUUUUGGCCUCUGCAUGGGAGCUUGUAGGACGUUAAUCUUGACAGCUCUGCGCCUCCGUCGUUGGUCGAUGCGGACUGCUUCCGAAUGUCGAACGAGGAAGUUUCGACUUCUUUUGCAUAACUUUCCCUAAUUAUUAUUAUUGUCGUCUUCCAGAUGAGUCGAUAGUGCGACAUCAUAUCAAAGGCUCUUCUUAAGUCGCAUGCGGCGUAUACAGCGUGUCUGUCGCCGACCGCUCCUGUCUAGCUUCACACAGUCAAAAUCAUGUUGCCGAUGCAGUUUCCGAUGGCCAAAGAGCUUGCGGUGUAGAGAAGGAAAUGUUAUCAGUUUUGACAAGAGCAGGUUUCUAAGAGCGGCAUAGAUUGAGAAUGUUCAUUUUAAAGUGUGGUGCGAAAGUUUUUACAUAAGGGGGCGUCAAAAAUUGCGGAUCAGGCCCGACACAAGAGAUUUAAUUUUAAAGAUAAUAUUUUUCUGAGACACCUUAGGGCUUAGUUGUGCGCUCUGGUCCGUGUAACAACCCACACUUCUAUUUGGAACGCACAGUAAGGCAGUGGUAGGAUAGUAACGGCGCUCUUUAUGCCGCUGUCUACGGGAGUGUUGGGGCGAGUAUGAAGGCCAUCAGGUCUUCGAAGUCUUCGAGCGCCAAAAGACAUAUGCUGAUAUAAUUGACGCGUCACAUGAAAGAAGUUAGUGUUUUUUCUGAAAAACGUAGGGGCGGGUUAAAUCUUCAGUCCUUGUUAAGGGAGGGAUAUUGACACAUAAAUGACGCAUCGUCGCACGGAUUUUACAGAUAUGGAUAGAAUCUCAUGCCUCUGUGUGACUUUAUGGCUGUUACAUUAUCUCUUGUUGAUGUGUAUCCUGACUUCUUCACACCAACGGCCUCCUGAUGUUCUUCUGUUCGUUCAAAAUCAUUGGGAUGGCGGUGGUGUAGGUAACUAAAUGCCAGCAGUCUAUCAUGUCUCCUAAAGGCAAAUCACUGUAGUCUUGCUGUGCUCUUUCGAGGGCAUGCAAAGAGAGUUCUAUCUAAUGAUUUAUGUUAAAGACGGAACAUCUGUUUGUCACAACUGUUCUUUUGCGGUGCAAAGUGAUCGGCCAAUUGAUGCGCAAUGGAAAGAGCACAGAAAGGUUACAGCGGUGAGAAGUUGUUAGAAAGCUGCAACUAUCCGUGCUAUGAAUACGCCAGAGUGAUUGGAGUGCGUGAGUCUACAUCCUUCAAAAAGGCCCUAGCUUAGUCUACUGUCUGUCCCAUACGGGGCACGAGGUGCGAAAAUGGUGGCUUAAUCUCAAAAGUUUCCCUGUGUGCACCCAGCAGAGCAGUCCUCAUACUGAAAAACAGCUCGUUAGCGUUAGUCAAAAAAUAGAAUAUAGUAGAUUCCGGUUAAUUGAUCCGGUGCUCACUCUGGUCUGAUUAGUCGGAAGCCUCUUUGGCGCAUAUUCGUAACACGGACAAAAGGUGAGGCGUUCAGUACGAAUUCGGAUGUUAGAGGGUUUGAUCAGACCCUAGAGACCUCAUUUUCGGUUUGGGCUAGUGUCUUACCACAGUAGUCUGUUGGGGUGAAAUUGCCCCGAGUUUUUCGCUUUGAGUUACAUUGACUGCUAGGUACAGACCCCAAAUUGAUCUUCAUGUCUACCACGAGCACCUUACAUAUUCUCUCAUUUUAAUUGGUAGAACACUCGCAGUGACGGCUUCAUGUACGCAGUAAUUGCACAGUUGUCUGGUUGCGAGUGCUACUCUCGGUCCUUUUAGGGAACAUCUGCACAUACACUUUACGCUCCUUUUUCUCUUAUUGCAGAUCAAUUUUCAGCGUGCGUCUAAGACUGACAAAAACGUUUCGGCUGUAGGCCAGGUCUGCAAUGUAAAGGUAAUUAGUCCAAUAUCUUGGGACUUUUCUUCAGAUCCCACUUUCUGACCAAAGUCCCGUGGAGAAAAUCAAUGAACAUCUUCCGCGCCAGAUUCGCAUCUUGGGUGAGCAGCAUUCUCUUUUCGUUUAAGAGCUUUUCAAGACUAAUCCUACCUUUAACCCAUGCACUUUGCUUAAAGUCUGUAGAGUACACAGCCGCACUUCUCGGCCGAGUAAAUUCAACUUUUGAGGGAGAGGUUACACUAUCGCGAGUCCUACUGUUUUUAUCUGAUAAUCAACGCCAGUCAAGAUUUGCGAUCCUGACAGUCUUUCAAGGGGACUGUUGGUUUGCCUAUGUCCCUUGAAUUUGUAGAAUGCAUUAUUCAUCAGGGCGCGCAGCGAGCAUGUUCCGGAGUUCGUUUAACGGGCCUUAUGUGUUUUGUUUGCUGCGCAUUUGCUCGAUCUAGGUUUGCUCGCCUGUAACUUGAUUUUCUGCAGGCAGUCUAUUUACAGAGCCUGACAACUUGGAGCCGGUUUUCGCUAUAUCUCUCAUGCUCCCCGUUCCAGAGGGCCGAGGUCAGGUUGGAGAGGUAGAAUGUGGCAGACUAGGGAAGCGGCACCAGCAAUUCAGAUCGGUCUCCACUAAUAUCCGUUACACCUCAUAUCAACAUUCGUUUUCCGCCUUACUCGCUCUUAUUUGUUGGUUCGCAUUUUGUAGGCCUUCGUAGUAACCACAGUGAUUGACGACUCAGUUACCAUUCACCGGCCCAUGCCGACUCUAUUGUUGAUGUGGUGUCUUGUGUAAAGUUGACCGACAUCUUUUUAAAUCAAGGCUUACUUUAUAGAUUACAUGCACAUUAAGUGUUCUUUUGCCUAUUUGGUAGCAAAUUACGUCUUAUUUAAGUGUUAUGUUUGAAGAAAGGGUAUCUUUCUUUUUCAGAAGGCCUUUUCAAUUUUCGAGUAGCUUUAAACCCUAUCCGCCAUUAAACUUGCAUCCAGGGUUUUCAAGCCAGAAAUUGUGUAUUUUUCAUAUAAGAAGAACCGUACAUUUAUAUAUGCUAUGAACAAGACCCCCCAUAGGCCUCAUAGGACUUCGCAAUCGAUGUGAACUAUGUUGCAUAAUUUAUAAAUAUCGUUAAUGAAUGGAUGUUUUAUGGGGAGAUCUUCCACGAUUUUAAAAAAUCUCAUGAUUGACGGCUUUUCUGAAACCGAACAAUAUCUUUCGUUCGACCACAGCAUUCGGAAAAGACGCAAUUUGCUCCCUGUUGAGCACACAAAAGAAUAUUUUGGUGCAUGCUUCUUAUAAAGUAUAUUCGAAUUUGUAAAGAUAUCGAAAAUCAGCAUAAAAUGUGUACUGUUUAAGUAGCCAUUUUUCACAGACGGCCAAAAAGUACCUGGUUCAAAAGCCGUCAUCCUUGUGUGACUGAAAUAACUAGUAUUACAACCCCACCUAAGAAAUAUUCUCCAGUCGAAGACAUUUUCAAAUUUCGGCCAACAUUUAAUUAGGUAACGCAUCCACUGUGUGUAUGGACUCACCUGAACAAGGAACCUGAUCGCCGAAGGAAAGAGGCGUACACAAGGAAGGCCUGUGAUGAAUGUGCUCAAAUAAAAUGACAAACAUUCGUAGAAAAUCAUCCCCUUAAGAAGUUAUUUGCUAGCUUGUUUCUCGAAUGGAACCUCUCACCUUUUAUUUGAUUUUCAAAGUCGGGCAGAAAAUUAAAGCCGUUCGCCUUUCAUGCCCUUCCUUGGCUGAUACUGACAAUUUGUUGUCGCAGAAAAGCACUUUCCCUUAUUUUGGAACCGCCUUUGCUAUGUUUACUUACUUUGAGAUCUAAUCCAUUGAACUUAUGUGCGUAACAGGGCAGCCGUAUAAAUGGCUGACGCAAUUCCGGAUCUCUUUACGAACCAGGCAUUGGCUGUAAAUAAACCACACAAAAGAAUCUUACCUUAUACUCAGAAGUCAAAUGUCGACUUGGUGUUGGGAGUUUCCACAGUUAAUAGAAUAUUUCGAUGUGCCUGCAAAUGUUUGGUAUAAUCAAAUUACAGCCUGUUUGUUGGUGUUAUAACCGUUUUCCAGGACGAAAAAUUAUACGAAUUUCCAAGUCGAAAUUAUUAAAAAAAAUAGGCCUCCGUUUCUGUGAACAUGAGGUAGUUAUUCACCACUUACCUUAUUUGAUUUGAAUGGCCAAAAAAUUCGGCGUGAAUCCGGCGGAGGUCUUAGCAAGCAUCUCUCAUUUAGAUUAAUACCUUCUGGUAGAAAACCACGCAAAUGUGCUGAUCUGUGCAGUAAUUAGUAGCCCGGAAAUUCGCCUGUAUAGAAAAAAGGGUUGAUUCCCGUCCCAAAACAUACACUUUUUCCCUAAUAAGAGAGGUCACAACCGUGGUCCGCAUAAGGAAAUGACUUCUUGCCGGCAAUGUUCGGUGUGCCGCGGAUUGACCAUAAAAAGAUUACCGCACCCCGAACUGACCAUGCCGAUAGCGGUUGUCAUAUUUCAUCAUUUUGGUCGUCUGCAGUAGGUCUGCACUGCUUUCCGUGAAGCCCGCAACCGUUCUAUCCCAAACUACCGCCUUGAGUCGACCGCUUUUAGUGCCUGGUAUUUUGGAGUAAGCUCAGCAAUAAGGUAUGUGCAGCAGUGUAAAUGUGAUACCCGACCACUUCUGUCGGUUAUUGAUCUUCCAGUGUCGGUCAUAUCAGGGACUUAACAUAAGCUUUGACCCAUUCAUGUGGAUCUAUUUUUAAAUAUUUGCCUCCGUUAACUCCGUAUCUGCUCUCCUCCGCAUCUAAACACACAUCAUUUAAUGUCUCCUUGCCCCUUCCACUCUCUCUCCAGAUGUAUUCCGAGUGACACAACACUUUUCCUCGAAAACAGCCUGCAAUCAUCGCGUGUACCAAUACUUGCUUCCCACUUUUGCCUUUGCUGCCCGCGACUCCCUCUCCAGAGAACACUGCUGGCGAUAUCGCAUGUCUGCCGAAACUUUGACACUUGUGAAUAACAUGUUUGGCCAUUUUAAGGGGACGCACAAUUUCUUCAAUUUCACCUCACGGAGGUAGAUAUUUUGUAUAUCACCCUCUGACAGCAUUAUUAUUUCGGCCUGAAAUCCCAUUAACGUUUCAUUUUUUGCCCUAGAACUGCAAACGACGUCAGUUGCCGUCGUUACAUCAUGUCCAUAGAGUGUGGUACGCCCUUUCUUCUCGAUGGCGACCGUGAGUUUGCCGUAGUUACCGUGGUUGGCCAGUCAUUUAUGCUUCAUCAAAUUCGCAAAAUGAUUGGACUUGUCAUCGCCAUAGUUUCCGGGUAUACCACGGAAGCCAUCUUCGAGAAGGCCUUUGAUUGUGAACGGGUAAGUAGAGGCUGUCCCUAAUCCAUCCAUCUCACCCUAAGUCAUAAAAUACACGUUAUCUCAAGAACUGCUGCGUUUGCGCACACCGUGCUCCUUGCACUUUCUCUAAACGCCUGAACACGAAAAUGCCUACUUUUUGCGACUUUGAUCUCAUUUUAUGCAUGUUAAACUGCCAUCGGAGGUGGAGGUAAGUUCUCGACCGAGAUUGUCACAUUAUGGGGCUUUUUCAUGCUUUUCCACUACACCAAAAGAGCCCUCUUACUCAUGACAAUCGGCAGAUUACUGAUGUUCCUCGUCGGCCACUGGAAGCCCUAUGAGGUACGAUGUAUACCUGAAACCAGUAGCAAUCAUGCAUUGCUUCGUUUCAUGUGGUCACUCUAUUCCACUUGUUUCGCACCAGUUCUCGUCUAAUUUGAAGUGUUCUUGUAUGCAUCUGGCGCUGCUCUGUCAUCCGUACAGUUGUCAAAAACUCCUGCAGACACAGGAUCACCGUCAUCCAGUUCGAACCCAACUUCCUCUCCUGUACCAUGGGUUAAAGCUGACCCUACUUGCUUUACGCACGUCUUUAUACUCUUGCCCAUUUACUUCGCCCCCCCCCCCCAUUUCUGGACUGGGUUUGGUUAGCUGCACUCCUCGCGGUUCUUGAGGAAAUUACGAGCUCCUACAGCCAGGAGAACAUUUAUUCGCGUAAAUUUUGUUUUCGAGUCCAGUUACAACAACCUUAUGCGGAUGUUCGCCUCAUCCGACCCCAGACCCCACAGUUUGUCCGCCAUCAGACAUCACGCGCCUGCCUGCAUUACACGAUCAAGUUUAUUGGGUCCAGAAAACGGAGUCCCAGGGUUUUUUUCUCCACCUGUAAAGGGCUCGGCACCUUCCGAGACCAAAUUAUCCUCUGGCGGAUGAUGUAACUCCACACUCGGUAUGCGUGCACUUCAAGUUUCUUCUGUUCAGUGCCACCUCUCCUAUGUAAGGUUAUCGAAAACUAAUUGGCGUUUCUCAUUAGGGGAACAUCUUCGUAGAUUUGCAGCGACCACUUUUAAGUGUUUUAUCUCAAAAGAAUGUUCAUGUCGCCGUGCAAGCUUUCACUUUUUUAGUCUAUGACGGUUUUUUGAUAUAUAGUUGGAUUUACCCAAAGCGCCUGGACUGGGGUUAUUCCUCGACAAAGUGGAUUUUUCCCGAUACAACACCAGAUUUUGCAGUGACGGAAGCCACCAUCCAAUUGAUUGGAAUAACUACAAGGUGAACGCUGCUUUCAUUUGAUGCUGUAUGCAUAAGUUUUUUGGGGAGGUUGACUGGCUUGCAGUUUUGCUGUGCAAUUUUUGACGCGUCAGCUCACACAGAAGAGAUAAUCCCGCUAAUUUUUGCGAACUGGACGCUGACGACUGUAAAGAGAAGAUGCACCCGUACGUACGCAAAUUCCAAAUUGAUUUCCUGGUGGCGUGGUAGCCUACUACUCGAAAUUCAUUAAAGAAAUCUGCCCAUAUGAUUCCGAACUUCGCGACCGAAUAAUAAUAUUUGGUCGGGGAUGCCGACUACGGCUUCCGCUUAUUAGUUCUAUACAAAGUGCUGCACUUUCUCAAUGUUUCCACUGUAGCACAUUAAAACCAACCUUCCCCGCUAGUAUGUUUCCAUGUCCCAGUUAACUGCUGUGCAAUUACUAGACUUCUAUUUCACUUCUCCUUGACAAGUUCGCGGUCCCUUAGUAGACAGAGGCUCAUUGCUGUCUUUGGUUGUUGUCUUGGAGGUGGAUUUGGAGCGUCAGGCGAAUAAAGUUCUUGUUUCAGUGACCGUGACCGAGGCCAUCGCCGUCCUCCGUGAAUCUCUCAGGCCAACCAUCAACAGACGAGGCGCAACGGUACCGCGCUAAAACUCGAGGUCAGGAAAACCUCUUAGAAGAGGUUAAACACAUGUUUCCUAUCAUAGUUAGUGUAAUUCUGCAUCGAGGGGGUGAGCGCAUAGCCUGUCGAACGCCCGAAACCUUUCACGUCGAUGUGGCAUUUGUCUACUAUCCACAACCUUGCGGGGUGCCGUGUAUCUGAGGAAGACGGCUAGAAAGCAUACGUGAUCAUCAGCUGCGGAAAUUCCGUAAACAUCACUAGCACUUGUGCGGACAUGGACCCGCUUCAGUGCCACGGCGGAAUUCCGGACGGUGCCAACCUUGUUGACGAGUGGCCCUGCAUCCCUAUAGCCAUUCCUCCCCUAGAUUCGCUCUCCACAAACGGCAUGCAGUGGGGGCCAGACAGGCGAGACAGUGCAGCGAAUGAAGGCGUCUGUCGUCGUGCCAAACUGGCAACCCGUGGGGUUUAAAACCCCUUCUGAGACGGCUUAUUUUGAAAUCUCGAGCAAGGAAAUGAUUCAGUUCCAUUCAUAGAGUAAGCCACUUUUCCAGUAUACUGGAUUCUUAGUUGAUUAGUGAGCGGGAUUCUGACUAAUGUUUUAUCGCGCAACUCGUGUUGGAUCCGUGUCGAAGAAAGCGUGACGCCAGAACCUUAAAUCACCGUCAUAACCAAGAAUUCUGGAGCCGAAAUUUUCUCACCUUAGUUGUACAUCCCCAUAGUGUACACGUCUCCAUAUGUAAGUAUUCGUUUGUGGUCACGUUUUAUGAACGUGCGGCCCGUAAGAAUCGAGCUUCGUAGAUGAAAGCAGUCAAACUCUUGUAUGUUUUCUGCUUUUCUUGGAGAAGUUGAAGCCGAAUUCUUACAUCCUUUUUUGCCGCACCCUUAUCUGACGUAAACCUGGCUAGCCUGCCCACAUUCAAGGUUAUUUCAUCUGUUGUGCGUCGCCUUUCCAAAUGUUUUUGUUCUAAUACUGUCGGCCCUCCCCCCUCUGUGUUUAUUGGUAUACUUGUGUUCAUUAGCCUUUAAAUUUGCCAAUUUUAAACUUGGUUUUCUCCUCCCUUUACCUUUUUCAGUGUGUCUGAAACCUAAAAAUCUGACAGUUAUUGGUUUUGUGCCUAGUUUUUUUUCUAUGGUAUGAACCAAACUCUCCGAAUUUAAGUGGUCUCUGCUUGAUUUUAUUUCAUUUUUAGGAGAAAAUCGACGCCUUUAAAGAAGAACAUAUAUUCCGCCACAUUGCGCAGAAGGAAAUUGAAGAAAAUUCGUAUCCUUUCUCGUAGCUGCAUUUUUCUGGUGGCAACCCUUUCUUAUUUGUUCGGAGUUAGCGCACUACUUACUGAGGAAAUUAAGAAGCUGAAAUUUAAAAAUUAGGUAGGACACGGUAACGUUGGGGGCUCACUGGUGAGUCGAACCCCUCACAGCUGUGUAAUGAGGCAGUAGAAUGUCGGCGGACCACGCGUCUGGGCCUUUAACCAGCACCGGUGCUAUCAAAAUGGUAAAUUAUACAAGCUAUCCCAGUACUAAUUUGUGCUCUGUCCAUCGUACUGAUUGGUUUCACGCUGUUCCUCAAGUAAAAUGUGCCCAUUCCUCUGUCUGUAUUGUCCAGCUUCUGAGCACGAAGUUCUCGGUAGGAUGCUGACUGGGCCAGCUGGCUGGACAAGACUUGCUUUUUUGGGCUAGAACCCAAGUGUCUCAUCUUUUUCUGUUUGUCUGCCGUCAUCGUGCCCAAACACUCUGAGCUCUCAGUCCACCUUCAGCUUUUGGCUGACCUGCUAAUUUGUAUCGCUGCGAUCCUUGUGCGACAGACUGUUCAGAAGCAUGGUCAGUAUGCUUUCAACUGACGGCAGUAAUCUGAUCUGCCGAUUUUUUUGCCACUGUGUUCCUUUCCUUGACUCGAAUUUAAUUCAAAUCUUUACGCCAACGUAGUAUGCUAGAGUGGUUAGAUGGUCUCUGUAGACACACCUUCGAUUAUCGACCGGAUGGUCCCCCAACUCUUGCACCUCGGACUCUGAUGGAACAGGGAAUGGUCAGGGAGAGUUGUGACGCUCACGCUGCUGUCUCGUCCUCGGAGGUUGCGUCUUCUCAAAUUUCGGCCGUUGCGCCAACCCUAGACUCAGCCCAUCCCCGGUCCCCCGUAAAUGCCUCUGCAAACUCUACCAGUCUCCCUUGAUGGUUUUUUAAGCCUCUCCCUCCCGAAACCCAUUUUGGAAUUCGUUAAUGUACUCAUCCAGGCUGUCUGAGAUGUUUUUUUUUGAAUGUGCAGACCAGGGUGCCCGUUGAAACCAUUCUUUUCUGAUGUCUAGGCACUUUGUGUACGUUCUUGACGCGGAAUCCAUGCUCACCACAUCCGCAAUACGUUCCCUCUUCUUGGGUGCUGGGGUGGUUUUUUGCCUUCACGUUAACCGAGGAAUAGGUUUUCGGGUUGCUAAGAGUCUUGGUAUCUACACAUCUGCUUGUAAGCCGAUAGAGGGCCUUUUUGAAUGCAAGUAUGGUUUGGCGUAAUAAGCCACAUCUAUCUUUUAAAAACCCGGCAAAGUGGACGUGUGCGUGUCCUAACCCGUUUUUGCACUUUUACUCUACACCGCAACUCGCGAAACGCCUCUAUGCAUUUUCGGUAUGUGACAAAAAACUACUUAUGUAAGUGAGAUCCCAGUACUGACCAGCAUGAGACGCGGUGUCUGGUUCACUGAAAUGCUGGCCUGUGAUCCAGCAUCCUGUCAGGUACCUCCUUAAGUUGCACUCCGAGAGGUCACCGCGUAGAUGUUGCUUCAAAGCCUGUGUAUGUGUUGUGCCGAUUUUGAAGAAGUCUUGUCGCCAGUUUACAAGUUGUGACACCAACAUAUGGUGCUUUGAUGAAUACGCCCAUGCUCGGAUGUUCCACUUCCUUGUGCUUCCGAACAUGCUGCCGAUCAAAUAACAUUUGUUAGAGUUUGUCUCCCAUGUUUUGGAAGUCUUGGCAUCGUCGAGAUUCAGAUCUUGCUCCUCUCAUAAACUUGCCAACUUCUAAACUUUCGUAUGCCGCGUGGCUUCGGGUAUUUUUGCUUAAAACGUGUAAAUCUCCGUGAAAUGUUCAAUAGUUUCUAUUUGUUCUUUUUCUCGGGGCCACUUUGACUUAUAUUUAUUGAAUAAUGGCAGUAGUGUUAACGUGCAUAGUAUGCUUGCCCUAGGUUGAUUUGUCGCUCUGAAACCUUUGCGGCAGAACCGCAGCGUAUCUUGCUAACGAAGAGUUACAAGCAAUCAUUUUUCUCCAGGCCCUUCCAAGCCUUCUCUCAACCUAUCUAUGUUGGAUUUAUCAUUGACGUUCCCUCGCUUUUUGUUCUUAAUUUGUGCCCAUCCUGCUCCAUGUCUCAGAUGGGCUCUUCAUGCUGAGCUUCAUGCUUGGAUCUGGUCUUUGACAAAGAUAAAUCUAAUAUGCUAACUUAAAGGGCUUAAUUCGAGAUCCAAGCACUUUUUGCUGUCUUUCACAUUCAUGCCAGCACUUCAAAAAUGUUACUCGAAAAUCGUUAUAUCAUGCCCAUAGCUCCUUGACUAUGAGAACUGGAAAGAAAAUAAGAACUCUCUAGUGCUGCAAACCAACAUAAUUUUUGCAGGAUCUAUCUCUCCUUUAUAAGCAAUGCAAAAUCAAUGACUUAACUGAAGACAUGGUCAUUUUAGCGUGCAUCUUUUCACGCAAAACAGUGCUGGAAUGUCCUGGGAAUUUUUUACCCCAGUAUUUCUUGCACUGGUUGACAGUGCCGCCCUAUUGUAAUUUCGGAGUUCCUCUGACCCACCUCGGUUGGCAAUAAUCGUUGGCCGUUCCGGUGCCUUAAGACGCUGAUUCGCGGGUAGACGGGAAUUUUGAAUGGACCAUUUGGUCAGACACUGUGGCUCGUGUAUCCCGAUCGACAUAGUUCCGUACUCUCGUCCACAGAUGUAGCAUACAACAAAAGGCCGACUGAUCUUCCUCUUUAGCGGUUCAUUGGAAACCUGGGCGGCGGAUUGUCCGCUGUCACUGCUCUGAAUUUUGGAUGAAUCCUUUCUGAUAUGGUUGUUUCUGUUGGCCUGAACCGGCUUGCCACAUUUGCUGCAAAACUUGGCCCCGGGAGUCAGGGUCUGCGCACAGUUGUCACAUUUUUUUUGACAGGGGGUACCACAGUUUGGACAGAACUUGGCGUCGCCUGGCAGGUUUUCGCUGCAAUUCUGGCAUUUUGUAAAACCAUCGGCAUCUUCUGCCAUCGGACUGGCUUCUCGCGCUCUUCGACCUGCGCCGCCUGCUGUCCUGUCUGCACCACUUGUUGCUUUCGUCUUAAGCGGUGGUGCGUGGCAGUUUGCUUCGUGUCUUUCUAUCCGAUCCGGCGCGUAGGUCCUGUUGCAGUGACGACAGCGAGGGAACCCAUUUGAGGAAGAAGCUGCGGUGCUUGGGCCGGGUGUGGGUGUUCUCGGGGCCGGAGAACCGACCCGAGGUGGACCUCCCUGGCCCGUUUUCAAGGGUUGUCGGAGGAUAUUUAGGUCGAAAUCUGGCUUCCUGGCCUCAUAAACUGGCUUUCGUUCCUUUGGCGGUCGACAGUAUCUCUCAUGCAAAUUAACCCUAUCAGCAGCAAACCUUCGGCCGCAUCUCUUGCAGGCAACUAGGUUGCUUUGAGCCACUUUAGAGGCGGCCUCAUUGUAGGCAUCAAGGUUGGGGUCAGUCCCGGUGGUUUUGAUGGCCUGUUCGCCUAUACCACCACCUCCCUGAUCUGAAAAGUUUCCAAACCCUUGUGGUUUCACGGGUUCCGGCCGACGUUGGCUGGGUGGAAGUUUGUUGUUUUCAUCAUGCCACUUCUUUAGACACUGUUUCUCAUGAAUUCCUAUGGAAGCUGUCCCGAAUUCCCGUUGGCAAAUAUAGCAAAUCACCGUUCGUGGCCUCCCCAUCUUUUCACCUAAAAAGGUUUGCGAACCGUUAGCACGACCUUUCAACUAAGAAAUUAGUUUAAGAUAAGCAGAAGCAGAGAAAGUUUACUGAGUUUCUUAAGUAUUUCUAGAUUGUUUUGGGUAAUCCAAUGAUCGCAUGUGCGAUAACAGACUUCGUGGUAACCGCAUGAGGUGUCGCAUAUCAUAUGCCCAUAGGAAAAACGAGACAUUCCUUAAAUAUGCCAUAAGGACCGUCUUGUCAAACCUUUGUCGUCACCGUCUUUUGCAGGUACCACUUGUCAUGGUAAAUGCCUUUAACGAAACGACUUAUGCAGUGACAGCAGAAUUCGACGGAAUACAAACGAAUGGAUGCAGCACAUUUUGCUUGAUCUCGGGUCUUUUUGUGAAGUUGUGCGGAUUGGUUUCGUUGGGUUCCUGACCUUUUCUUAAACCGAGACAGUACUCCAUUGUGACCUGCAGACGAAUUGGCAGUGCGUUUCGGAUGGUGGACUUUAGUUGGCAUGGCCUUCCGAUACUAGUGACGCCAUGAACCUGGGGUGACAGACAGGGAUUUUGAUUUUGUUAUGAUAAAAAUAUGCAUUAGGCGGUCUAUAAAUGCAAGAUAAAAGCAGACGAAUGCAGCGCGCCUAUGUAAUGGGAGGAAAGCGGUUGACAUCAUAUAUCAAUGCCGACAUUUCUGGCGAAAGUCUUGAUGUAUACGUACGACCUCUGUAGCAGUGCACGUGUUCAGUUCCCGGACAUGUCAGUUUCAAUAUCCGUGAGAUUACAUUUCCAAACUGAUAAAUAACAUUAGUGAUAAAAGUCAUAUUGGUAUACCAAUUUUAGAAGUAUACUUGAGUCUUUUUGACAAUUCGCCUUUGCAGAAUAAAAGAAUAAACUAGCGAAGUUUCUAGCAUCCUUUAACAGAAACGACGUCUCGCUAAGAAAUGUCUUGAAAACUAAUCACCACAUACGCGAACAGUAUCAAUGCUCAUUUUAAAACCACACUGGCCAUAUUGGUCACACCCUGAACCGAUGAGAUGUGACUAAAACUCUGAGAUUUGAUAUUUGGUCGACAUUCAAGCCGUAUAUUAAAUACGUGAUUCACAAAUUGACCUUUAUUUUUUGGCGAUUCAUCCGUGAAAUCCGUACAAUUGUCCAAGGAAGGUUUAUUGUCGACAGCAGUUCUCCUAGAUCCAUUUGGGUUCUAUCAUAUGGUUUUCAGUUCCAUGCAUGUUCCCACAACACUACGGUUUAUUUGUCGCUGCUGUCUAGGUUACGCAAAUGCCAACCAAAUGAAAAAUCGACGGGUUUUGGACCUUGAACAAGUCAUUUUGGGCUGAUCUACAAGAUUUGAUAGUUCUAUAAAGCAGUAGGGAUAAAUAGGAAAAGUCUGUAUUGAUACGCUAUUUGAAGACGAUCGCUAAUAAAACAGUAUAGGAAGCAUUUAUUUACUCGAAGCUUGUUCGAGGUUGCUAAUGACGGGCAGGUUGACCGAAGCUUCAUGGCAAAAAUGGACGUCAUAUUUUUGGAAGCAUUGGUGAUAGGUAGAUGGCCUCAAGAGCAUGUAGUGGCAUCUUCUACUUGCCUUCGUCCAACCUACAUAUAUCUUGAGAACUAUUAACUAUGUUAGGUAAUACAACAACUCCCGUGCCAGCUAGCCAUGUUCGAGCAUUUAGAUUAUAACAAGUCUGCUGUUUUUUUUAAAUAAUAAACUCUGUGAUCGUUAACGUUGGUUGUUAAUUUCAAUGUCAAGCAUGCACUUCGUAAACAUGUGAUUAUAGAUGAUGAGAAAUAGAAUUAUACUUAGGUUUACCCCGCUCUUUCCACGUAGAACUGA